ACAGUGAGCCCAGAUUGUGCCACUGCACUCCAGCCUGACGACAGAGCGAGACUCCGUCUCAAAAAGCAAAACAAAGACUUUUGCUGAAGACCCAGACUGAUGGCACAGAGCUCACAGUCUCGCAGGAAAACAGCAUAGCCCUGGUGAAGCAUGCUGACUCUUCUGUCACCUGCACUGUGUGGGAGCAGCCAGAAGUGGAGAUGGGGCCCUGGCUCUGAGGAGGCAGCAUUUAGUUUGACUCCUGCAGGCCAGUGCAGUGGUGGAAAGGAGCGAGGAGCAGGCGGAAGGGCACCUGGAGAGGUUUGCGAGGUGCUGGGAGGGCAGAGAGAGCUGCUGCAGCCACCUCGGCUCCCACCCCCACAGUCUCAGAAGUCACCUUGGCCUCCGUAGCCCCUCUGACUGUGGCUGCCCUGCCUCCACAUCUCGAGCCUCAGGCCUUCCGUGCGGGUGGCAGGUGCUUUCAGAAUGGGUGCCCUUCUGCCUAGCAUGUCCCCUGCUGGCACAGGAGGGGGCCGGCAUGCUUUGUGCCCCUGGUGAUGGUGGACUGGUGUGCACACAUCCUUCAGCAGCAUCCUCAGGCCAGGUGUGGCACUCAGUCCUGCAGACAUCCAGGGAGAGGGCAGGAGGCACCAGGUCAGAAACGUGAGGAGGUGAGGAGCAUGGGCAUCCGCAUCAGGAGAGACUUCCUCUCUAAAAUCCCCACCCGAGGCCACCACGGCCUGCAUUUUGUGUGAAUACUCUUCUGACUGUUAUGUCAGUGGGAGAGAAGAGCUUGAGGGGUAGCCUUGCUAAAGCUGCAGUUUGAUCCUGUGACUGGUUACCAAGUUGUGAUGGUACCAAGGACACAGGAGGCGACUUCUUUCUUUAGGGACUUGGUCAGUGAGCAGAUCAACAUGAGGUAGGUGACAGAUGCUGUGACCAGGGGAAGCACAGGGGCCAUGUGACCCUGGGUCCUGGAUCCUGGGAGCACCUGGGAAGCCCUCCUGGAGGAGGUGGCUCUUAAGCUGGUAUUGGUCAGGCAUCUUCUACUUAUAAGUCAUGGGCAGCUGUAUGAUUUCCUGUGGCUUCUGUUGGAAAGUCCCACAGACCUGGUUGCUUAAAGUAGCACAAAUUUAUUCUUUUCCAGUUUGGGAGGUCAGAAGUCCAAAGUCGGCUCUCCCUGUGGUGGCCGCGUGGCUCCUGGGGCUCUGGGCUGGCGUGGUGUGGGCAGUUGUGGGCACUGGAGGAGAGACAGCCUGGGCUCCAGUCUCCUGGGGAAGACUGAUGGCUCAGUGUGGGUCGUGUAUUCCUCCUUGAAUCAGUCAGUGCAGGCCUUUGGCUGGAACUGGAGAGCAGCCCUCCCCACACAUGGAAUCGGGUGAGGGUCCUCCACAAAACAAGGGCAGUUGAGCAACAAAAGUAGCGCAGAGAGAACAAAAAGCAACAACCCAACUUGUGUUCCUGCUGGAUUCACACAGGACCAGACUGAUUGUGGUCUGCUGGGGAGUACCUGGCUCACAGGCACCAUCUGGGUGCAUUGUGGGUAAAGGCAGGAGCCUGGGCCAAGGCCCUGGGGUCCGGGGGCGUCCCAGGCUACCUGGCCAUGUUCUCUUGGUUCCCACACACGCCAGGAGCGUGGAGAGGUGAACCGUUAGGACAACCCUUCUCAACGCUGUGGUCUCAGACACCUUUACCCAAAGCACUUUUGUUUAUGUGAGUUAUGUCUGUCAAUGUUUACUGCCGUAGAAGUUAAAACUGAGAAAUGUUAAAAAUACUAAUUUAUUUAAAAAUAACAAUAAAGCUGUGACAUGUUGACAUAAAAAACAUUUUUUACAAAAACCGACUAUAUUAUCCCAAACAAACAAAUGUACAAGGGUGGGAUUCUUUUGCAUUUUUGCAAAUAUCUUUACAGUCUCCUGAAGAGAAGACAGCUGAAGGCUCCUGUUUGCUUCUGUGUUCAGUCUUGGUUUAAGUAUGUGAAGGAAAUCCAUCCCCAUCUCGUUAGGGAGGAGUCUCUUGCAUCAUUCUUUGGAUAUUCUUUGCGGCUGCACUGAAAACCCCCUGAGCAGAAUUUUCUUAAAGAUUUGUUCUAAAGCAGAGUCUUCACCAUAUGAAUGACUUCACCAGACUCUUCAUGGUCUGACAUGAAAAUCCUUUGGUCUGUCUUACUUUGGGUGGAUGUUUUACUCUUUUUUUUUUUUUUCCUGACAACUUCAUCACAUUCUUGGAGUAGGAUGUUUUAUUCUUCCAGGAUUUCGUACCAUUACAUAUUGUUUGGAAAAUAGUGGUUCACGGAGUCACGCAGACCUUCCAACUGUUGACACAUUUAAUGGUAUAACCUUAGACGACCACUUUGUAUCCCUGCCCGUCUCAUCAGGAAAGUCUUGAAGAUGUGUGAAGCUGGUAGGCUCGUGGUGGAGGAUACGAAUGUUCUCAAUUCUAAUUUUUGCUUGGGAACUCCAUUUUUAUUACAGUUGUUUUCCCUGAAGUGACAUGCUCACUUUGUUCACGUUUGAGAACAUGUCUGCCAAGUACCCAUGUUUUGUCUCUCAGUCAUUCUUUUUAGCAAAAAUGGUGUUGAAUAAAAAAAAGCAGUGCGUUCAGCUCGCAGCCCAGCCGCAGCGAGGCUUCCCUGGGACGCCUGUGCCUUCGGUUUGUAGCAGAAGUGCUUGUUGUGUAUUUUCCAUUUUGUCUCACAAUGUUAAGAAGGCGUGUACUUAACGGUCAAGAUAUAAUCAGAUUGAUGGUUUUCCCGGCUUCACCGUGGAUGUUGUGACUUGAAGCUGCCUUGUUCUUUUCUGUGAGAAGUUGGGAGGACCUCACUCAACCCAACCAGCCUUGGGUUAAGUUAGGCCCCAGCGACUUUACCUGCUGCUGCCUCUGCCCCACCAUGGCACUGUGGUGAAAGAGAUAACAUCUGGGUGUCAUGAAAAUGGUUUUGCCUUGUAGAGCCUCUGACAGGAUCCUGGUGAAUCUUGGGUUUGGGGACCAUACUUAGAGAGCUGCUGUCUUGAAGCCUAAACCCACUGCUUUUUCUCCUUACUCACCAUUUUAAUUUACAGGAUUCAACCUCUUCCCGAGAUUCAGAUUUUUGGAUUCUGUGCUGGCUAGGGAAGAUUUAGAUCCUGAUCUGGCUGGAUGGGAUCAGAUAACACUCAAAAUGGGCCAGGUCCCACCAAGAAGUUGGACUGGCACAGGUCACCCGGGAGGCCCGCGUCACCCUCAGAUGGGCAGGAUGAACGACUGGCACAGGACUUUCACCCAAAACGUGCUUGUCCCUCCCCACCCACAGAGGGCACGCCAGCCUGUGAAGGAAUCAGCAGCGUUCCAGUGUGUCCUGAAGUGGCUGGACGGACCGAUCGUUAGGCAGGGUGUGCUGGAGAUGCUGUCAGAGGUUGAAUGCCAUCUGCGAGUGUCUUUCUUUGAUGUCACCUACCGGCACUUCUUCGGGAGGACGUGGAAAACCACAGUGAAGCCGACAAAGAGACCGCCGUCCAGGAUUGUCUUCAAUGAGCCCUUGUAUUUUCACACAUCCUUAAACCACCCUCAUAUCGUGGCUGUGGUCGAAGUGGUCGCUGAGGGCAAGAAACCGGAUGGGACCCUCCAGACGUCGUCCUGUGGGUUUGGAAUCCUUCAGAUCUUCAGCAGCCAGCCGGAAUCUCCUACCUCUGCUUCCCAGGACAAACGGUUGCGGCUGUACCACGGCACCCCCAGAGCCCUCCUGCACCCGCUUCUCCAGGACCCCGCAGAGCAAAACAAACACAUGACCCUCAUUGAGAACUGCAGUCUGCAGUACACGCUGAAGCCACACCCGGCCCUGGAGCCUGUGUUCCACCUUCUUCCCGAGAACCUUCUGGUGUCUGGUCUGCAGCAGAUCCCUGGCUUGCUUCCAGCUCAUGGAGAAUCUGGCGACGCUCUCCGAAAGCCUCGCCUCCAGAAGCCUAUCACUGGGCACUUGGACGACUUAUUCUUCACACUGUACCCCACCCUCGAGAAGUUUGAGGAAGAGCUGCUGGAGCUUCUCGUCCAGGACCACUUCCAGGAGGGAUGUGGCCUGCUGGACAGUGGUGUCCUGGAGAUCCUGGAGCGGCGCCUGCGUGUGGGUGUGCACAACGGUCUGGGCUUCGUGCAGAGGCCACAGGUGGUUGUGCUGGUACCUGAGAUGGACGUGGCCUUGACGCGCUCAGCCAGCUUCAGCAGGAAAGUGGUCUCCUCUUCCAAGACCAGCUCUGGAAGCCAAGCUCUGGUUUUGAGAAGCCGCCUCCGCCUCCCGGAGAUGGUCAGCCACCCCGCGUUUGCGGUCGUCUUCCAGCUGGAGUACGUGUUCAGCAGCCCUGCAGGAGUGGACGGCAAUGCAGCUUCGGCCACCUCUCUGUCCAAGCUGGCGUGCAUGCACAUGGUCCGCUGGGCUGUUUGGAACCCCUUGCUGGAAGCUGAUUCUGGAAGGGUGACGCUGCCUCUGCAGGGCGGGAUCCAGCCCAACCCCUCGCACUGUCUGGUCUACAAGGUCCCCUCAGCCAGCAUGAGCUCUGAAGAGGUGAAGCAGGUGGAGUCGGGUACAAUCCGGUUCCAGUUCUCGCUGGGCUCAGAAGAACACCUGGACGCACCCGCGGAGCCUGUCAGUGGCCCCAAGGCAGAGCGGCGACUGGCCGGGAAACCACCCAUGUCCCCUUCCAGCCCGCCAGCACCAGCACCUCGAGGUCUCGCUGCCCUGCAGGAGUCGCCUGUGGGACCAGGGCUGUCGAUUUCCCAGCUGGCGGCCUCCCCACGGUCCCCAACUCGGCACUGCUCGGCCAGGCCCACUUCCCAGCCACCCCAUGGCUCUCGGGCUUCCCCAGCCCAGGCACAGGAGUUCCCGUUGGAGGGUGGUAUCUCCCACCUGGAAGCCGACCUGGGCCAGACCUCCCUGGUCCUCGAAACAUCCAUUGCCGAACAGUUACAGGAGCUGCCGUUCACGCCUUUGCAUGCCCCUAUUGUCGUGGGAACCGAGACGAGGAGCUCUGCAGGGCAGCCUUCGAGGGCCUCCAUGGCGCUCCUGCAGUCCUCUGGCUUUCCUGAGAUUCUGGGUGCCAAUAAACAGCCAGCCGAGGCGGUCAACCCUGCAGACCCUGUGACAUUUAACCCUCAGAAGGAGGAAUCGGAUUGUCUGCAAAGCAACGAGAUAGUGCUACAGUUUCUCGCCUUUAGCAGAGUGGCCCAGGACUGCCGAGGAACGUCAUGGCCAGAGACUGUGUAUUUCACCUUCCAGUUCUACCGCUUCCCACCCACGGCGACGCCACGACUGCAGCUGGUCCAGCUGGAAGAGGCCGGGCAGCCCAGCUCCGGCGCCCUGACCCACAUCCUUGUGCCUGUGGGCAGAGACGGCGCCUUUGAUGCUGGGUCUCCUGGCUUCCAGCUGAGGUACAUGGUGGGCCCCGGGUUCCUGAAGCCUGGUGAGCGGCGCCACUUCACCCGCUACCUGGCCAUGCAGACCCUGCAGAUCGACGUCUGGGACGGAGACUCCCUGCUGCUCAUCGGCUCUGCUGCCGUCCACAUGAAGCAUCUCCUCCGCCAAGGCCGGCCGGCGGUGCAGGCCUCCCACGAGCUUGAGGUCGUGGCGACUGAAUACGAGCAGGACACCAUGGUGGUGAGUGGAGACGUGCUGGGGUUUGGCCGCGUCAAGCCCAUCGGUGUCCACUCGGUGGUGAAGGGCCGGCUGUACCUGACCUUGGCCAACGUGGGCCGCCUGUGUGAACAGAAAGCGAGAGAUGCUGGCACACUGCCACCGUCCAGGUCUCGGGUCAUCUCAAACGAUGGAGCCAGCCGCUUCCCUGGAGGCAGCCUCCUCCCGAAUGGAAGCUCAAGGCGAAAGCGCGUGGUGCAAGCGCAGAAGCUGGCGGAUAUGGACAGUGAGCUGGCUGCCAUGCUGUUGACCCAUGCCCAGGGGGGCAAGGGGCCCCAGGACAUUGGCCGUGAGGUGGAUGCCACCCGCAGGCGCAAGCUGGAGCGGAUGAGGUCUGUGCGCCUGAAGGAGGCCGGGGGAGCGUUGGGCCGGCGCGGGACCAGCAUGUUGACCCAGCAGAGUGUCCGCACACAGCACUUGCGGGACCUACAGGUCAUUGCUGCUUACCGGGAACGCACAAAGGCUGAGAGCAUUGCCAGUCUGCUGAGCCUGUCCAUCACCACGGAGCACACACUUCAUGCCACGCUGGGGGUGGCCGAGUUCUUCGAGUUUGUGCUUAAGAACCCCCACAACACACAGCACACAGUGACUGUGGAGAUCGACAACCCCGAGCUCAGCGUCAUCAUGGACAGUCAGGAGUGGAGAGACUUGAAGGGUGCUGCUGGCCUGCACACGCCGGUGGAGGAGGACAUGUUCCACCUGCGCGGCAGCCUGGCCCCCCAGCUCUACCUGCGCCCACACGAGACUGCCCAUGUCCCCUUCAAGUUCCAGAGCUUCUCUGCGGGGCUGCUGGCUGCGACGCAGGCAUCUCCUGGGUUGAGCAACGAGAAGGACAUAGAUGCCACGUCACCUUGGAAGUCCAGCACAGUGCCCACUAAACACGCCAAGUGCUCUAGGUUACAUCUGAGGCUAAUGCUUUUUCCUUACACGUGUGGGAAGUCCCAGCCAUCACAUCCUGUUGCCAAAACCAUUGGGAGGAAAGUCGUCCUCUGCCAGGUUAGGUCUGAAUGGCAAGCCUGCAGGUGCAUGACCGCAGACAGAGGAAUAGGAGGAGAGACGGUCCUCACCGUCAUGAGCCUGUGGUAGCAUUGGGAAGCUAGUAGCUUGCCGAAUGCCCAGAGGUUGAGGUUUCUGUGCCAACGUAGCACAAAGCAGGCGAGGGCCAGGGCCUCCGUGGGAAGGCAGGGACGCUCUGUUGUCUCUUUUUGCCAUGGGCAUGGGCAGUCUGUGACCUUCCUGGAAUUUGCAGGAUGAUUUCACUUUGAAAUGGGGGGUUAAUGGCAGCUGCAUUUUCAGGAGGCUAUGCGCUAGUCAGAUAAGGGACAUUCAGGUAAGAUUUCAGAUCUUUUCACCUUAAAAUAAUCUUUAUGUCAAAAAUGUGAUCUCUUCACAUGAAUUUGGAGUUCUAGGGGAAAUGUAGGUGUUGUAUUAGUUUACGCGUAAUGACUUCAGGGUGUGUCUGACCGAUAAGGACUCUUCCUCUUACCGCGACUGCAUGCUGUCAUCCUGCCCCCAAUCAGCGCAGAUCUUGGCACUGUCUGCCUCCAGGGCUGGGUCUUUCUACAGCUGGUGUGUCUGGUUCAGGACUGCCUUGGGUGCUCCGCUGUUAGAGUUGCUUAGUGGGGAGACUGCGUCGUUGAUGAAGGCCACCCGUAGAGCAUGCUGGCUGGCUCUGUGCUCAGGUGCUGACGGCCUGAUGCCACUGUUGUAAAGUCUCUCUGCCAUUCUCCCAGUGAGUUUUCUACAAAUGAGAACUUUUGCUAUCAGCAGUUUGGUUACCUGAAACAUCCUUCAUACUGGCAAGUGAGGGUGAAUGUUAGACUCAUUCCCUUUAUUUAUCCAUUUUCAAAUAAAUGAGCUGCAUCCUAGCAGCCUCCAGAGACGGUCCGUGUUUGUGGCGUCUCAUGAUGGGACAGCUGGGUUUUAUAUUUGUACUUCUCAUCCCAUGGCAGGCACUCUUAGAUGCUGGAACUGCCCUCUCUCUGGCCACCACCAUCCUUUUCAAGUUAACUCCUGUGCUUUUUUCAUCAAAAGUAGUUAUUUUAAAUAAUUUUGAACUUAGGGAGAAGUUACAGGAAAACUGCAGAGAAUCCCCACAUAUGGUUUCCCCAGACUUCCUGAUCGCUAACCUUUGCCAUGUUUGCCUUGCCAUUCUCUGCUUAUGCAUUUUUUCUGAAUAGCUUGAGAAUAAAUUAUCAAGUAAUGGCCCUUAAUCCAUGACACUUCAAGCUGAGUUGUCUUGAAAAUAAGUCCAUUCUCCUCGGUGACCAAGUCAGAGUCAUGAAAUUACGGAAUGGACGCUCCUCUUCUGUCCUCACAGGCCCAAUUCACAUUCACAAACGUCCCAGUACUUGACGGACUGCCCACCCAGUGGCCCCGACCAGCCCGCUGUCCAUGGAGUCCUUCUGGUGUGGCUGCAGCCAUUUGGAAGUGUGCAGACGGUUUUCCUGCAGUGCACCCAGUGGGGCCGGUCUGGUGUUCGCUUCAGUUAGACCCAGGUUAUGCCUUUGGGGCAGGGACUCUGCAGACACUUGCUAUGUCCUCUCAGAACUUCAUACUGGGAGGGACACAAUGUUGCUUUGUCCUGUUACUGGUGAUGCCUUUUUCAUUCAGUUCAGAUGGCAUCUGCCGUACUUUUUUCCUGUAAUAAUCAAGAAAUGUUUUUGGGUUUUGUAAUUAGUAACGAGUAAGUAUCUUGUCGGGAGAUACUGAGGCCAUUCAGAUGACCUGUUCUUCAUCAGACUUUACGCACUAGGUCUCACUGUGCACUGGUGGCCUGGCCCAAGUCAGUAUCAGGAUGCUUGCCUGCCACGGGUUUUCACAUUCCAUCAUUCCUUCUCUAUUGAUCACCGGCAUUUUAAGUAAGGUAGAGCUGGGCCUUUACCUCAUUCACAUAGUUAUUUUUUAUAUCCUUAUGAACAGUGAAUUUCUGUUUACUCAUUUUGUUAAUAUCAUUCUUUAUUUUGUUGCUAAUAUUCAUGUUGUCCCCAACUAAUGAGGGGCAGCCCCUUCAGGCCAGCUCCUGUGUCCUGUUGAUUCAUCCCUGUCUUCCUCCGAGUCCUUCCUUAUUGCCAGCACAGCAAGAUGCCCCAGGCUCAGCAUGCAUUUCCAGAAUGUCAGCCAUUUAGCUAAGUUUCCUUUGGGUGGAGAAUGAUAUUUAGAAACCAAGAUGUGAGUGCUAGAUGUUCUCAGUACUACUGGGAUGUCACUGCCACUAGUCCCUCUUAGCAGAGAGACCUAAGAGGUAUGUGCCUGCACGUACAGAUGCAGACAUAGACAUAGACUUAUGUGCAUAGCAUGCAUAUAUGACAUGUAGAUAUCAAUGUGUGCACAUGUAUGUGUGUGUAUGUGCACAGACUGUUUCUGUGUGUGUUAAAGACCACGAAUUCGUGCCAGUUCUUCUAGUACCAGUUAGCAUCACAGGUCUCUUCCUGUUGUCUGUUUCCAUGUUUGUAAUUCCCAUUUCUGCUUGUGAGAAACCUGGUUCCCAUUUGUUUCACUAUAUUUACUUAUUUGUCUAAUUCCUCUGUAUAUAACCAGUCUGCUGACCACACUGGCCAAAUCCCUUUGGCUACAAUACCACUGACCACACUGGCCAUCUUUGUGUAUGUGUAUAUUUCAAAAUGUCAGUACCAACCAGGGAUGGAGUAUUCUCUAUACAGAGCAGGGUUUC